AUCAUAGAACUGAUGAGUUUCACCAUCCCUAAGUCUCUGAUAAAUCAUUCCUUCAACCUUUAUUCUCUGCUAAAAAGUUUUUGAUCAAGUUGAUGAAUCUAAUUGGUUCAUCAAUUCCAUCAUUUGGAUGCGUUCUUGCAUAGUCGAUUUGAUUAUUCCGUUUGCCAGUCAAAAAUCUGAUAUUGAUAUAAGAGCAUGAAUUUUUUAAUGAUAAAUGCUUUCAUUGGAAGAAACAUACAAGCCGGACAAAAAGUCAACAAGAAAUGUCGGAGUUACUAACUUUGGCGGUGGGUCACCGGCGAGAGAAAAGUAACAACAGUAACAAAUACAAAAAAUGCAAGAGACUGUAUUCCUCUUCAGUGAGGAGAAUCUAAACAUAGGGCAAUCCUCAGGGGGACGUAGCGGCGGAGGCACAAAAUACAAACAGAGCUCUCGCCGUGUGGUCCCCACAACAAACUGCGAGCUGAGUGACACGACGACAGAGAUUAGGAUAGUGGAGAAGGUGCUGAAGAACGGUGAUCUUUACAACGGAGGCUUAUCCGCUGGGGUUCCUCAUGGGACAGGGAAAUAUCUCUGGUCAGAUGGUUGUAUGUAUGAAGGGGAGUGGACACGUGGCAAAGCGAGUGGGAAAGGACGUUUCUCUUGGCCGUCUGGAGCUACCUACGAGGGUCAGUUUAAGGAUGGUCGAAUGGACGGCGAAGGAACGUUCAUAGGAAUCGACGGUGAUACUUAUAGAGGGCAUUGGCUUUGGGGGAGAAAGCAUGGCUAUGGAGAGAAGAGGUACGCGAACGGCGACGUUUACCAAGGGAAUUGGAAAGCGAAUCUACAAGACGGUAACGGACGUUACGUGUGGAGCGAUGGGAAUGAGUAUGUGGGAGAAUGGAAGAACGGUGUUAUUUCAGGGAAAGGAGCCAUGACUUGGGCUAACGGAAACCGUUACGAAGGUCUAUGGGAAAAUGGAGCUCCUAUUGGGAAAGGGGUUUUGAGUUGGAGCGAGGAGAAGGCAAGUAAUAAUCAGUUUGGUGGGUGGGGAAGGAAGAAGAAGAAAGAUGAUGAGAGUGUGCAUCAAAAGCUCUCUUCUGUAGAAACUUUAUCAAAGAACACGAAUUUUCCGCGGAUUUGUAUAUCCGAACUGGAGGAUACAAACGCAUGUGAUAAUGUCGAGGCAGGUUCGAUGUUGAGUCCAUACACAAGUGAGUCGGAUACAGGUGAUAACGCGAGCGGUUGUGGGGAAUAUGAGUGGUCAAGAAGCCCUUUGCUUUUGGAGAGUGGUGGUGCCAUGAGUUUGCAGAAAAGUCCGAGAUGGUUGGAUGAAGGAGAUGUUAAAAAACCGGGACAUACCGUUACGGCUGGACAUAGAAACUAUGAUUUGAUGUUGAAUCUACAGCUUGGGAUUAGAUAUUCUGUGGGGAAACAUGCUUCGGUUUUGAGGGAACUUAGGCAUUGUGAUUUUGAUCCCAAGGAUAAACAAUGGACCAGGUUUCCACCAGAAGGGUCUAAGUCUACACCUCCCCAUCUAUCAGUCGAUUUUAAAUGGAAAGACUAUUGCCCCAUUGUGUUUAGGCAUCUAAGAGAGUUAUUCACGAUUGAUCCAGCGGACUAUAUGCUCGCUAUUUGUGGAGAUGAAUCUCUUCGGGAGUUUUCUUCGCCUGGAAAGAGUGGAAGCUCCUUUUAUUUGACUCAAGACGAACGGUUCAUGAUCAAAACUAUGAAGAAAUCUGAAAUUAAGACUCGAUUCAUAGUGAUGGGCAAUCUAUUUUGUUCGGAGUAUCGUAUACAAAAACGAUUUGACUUGAAAGGUUCAUCACACGGUCGUACCAUCGACAAGGAUGAAGGUGAAAUCGAUGAAACCACAACACUCAAAGACUUGGACCUCAAGUAUGUGUUUAGACUCGAGACCUCAUGGUUUCAUGCCUUUAUUAACCAAAUCGAUAUCGACUGUGAGUUCCUUGAAGCUGAGAGGAUUAUGGAUUAUAGUCUCUUGAUUGGUCUCCAUUUCCGUGACACUUGCCUGCGUGACGAUAUUUCCUUGGGCAUCGGUCGAAGAGAUCAAGAGGACAAGUUGAUGAGAGGUUAUAAUUCACUUCCGAAUAUGGACUCUGUCACCCAAACUAGUAAUGGACCCUUAAUAAGACUAGGUGAAAGUACACCAGCAAAAGCAGAACAGAUGAGCAGAUUGAAGGAAGAGGCGUGGGAAGAUGGCGAAAAUGACAACUUGAAUCAUAAGAGUACGAGAAAGGAGGUGGUUGAAGUGAUCCUGUAUUUCGGUAUAAUUGACAUUCUUCAAGACUAUGAUAUCACGAAAAAAUUAGAGCACGCCUACAAGUCACUCCAUGCAGAUCCCACUUCCAUUUCAGCUGUUGAUCCUAAGCUUUAUUCUCGAAGGUUUAGAGAUUUUAUAAAUAAGAUAUUCAUUGAAGACAAAUGAGAAAAAAGUAACACGCAUUACCUACACAUGUUCAAAGACGAAAAAUCUAAAGAUCCAC